AUGCGCCACGCGACGCUACGCAUCGUGCAAGUGGCGUCGAUAAAGGACGCGGCGCAUGCAGAUGUAGUAGAGGGAUUUGCAACACGUUUUUUCGUCGAUCCCGCAGCGUCGCUCGGCAAAAAACGGCCGCAUGAUGCGCUCGAGAGCGGCCGACGGUGUAUGCACGCGUGUUGGAAUUUUGCCGUCGAGGCGCUCGAGCACGCCGCAGUACUCGAUGCAAUGGAUGGAGCCCGGGAUACGGUGCGCCUCUCUCUCGUAACGGACCGUGCUGCGCGUACCGUGCCUGGCACGCAUAUUUCGUCGUGGCAUGCGACGCUGGUCGACGUCUAUGCACAGGACCAGUACAUGAUGACGCUCCCCGUUGCGGAUGCAUGGGUGCCCAGCGCACUUGCAUUGGAAGCGGAGCACAUUGUCGGUGUGUAUGCCGCGAUAUCGUUCCGGCGGGAAAAGCACAUGUACGCGAGCCUUGAUGUGGACGUAUUUCUUCUACCGCGCGCAUUCAAUCGUGCAUACCCCCUUUCAACGACCGAUAGGAUGUUGGCGCUGUUUACGCGCGCAGAGCCUUCACCCAUGGACACGAACAGUGCGAGCCUUGUAUAUGCAAGCCUGUGUGCACGCGAGCGGAAUUCUGAUACACAGAUGCCCGAGGCAUUACAGCCGCGGUUCCUGCAUCCCACCUUGCUGCCGUUUCAGCGCAGGUCUGUAGCAUUUCUCCUUGAGCGCGAGGCAGAUCCCAGCGCGCGCAAGGUUUUGCAGUCGGAGUGUGGGCCGUGGUGGAUCAAAGUAGAAACCGAGCCGCCAUGCUACUUUCACGUCCUGAGCGGCAUGCUGACGGACAGUGUGGCUUUGGCGAUGCAGGAUGUACGUGCGGCGAUGCUCUCGGAAGAAAUGGGUCUUGGGAAAACGGUCGAGAUUCUUGCACUUCUCCUCGAGCGCGCUGAACCCGCUCGCAGUUUGUGUGCGCCGUACUGGGACACAGAGAACGAGAUCGAAGUGCAGCCCGUGGGUACGACCAUGAUUGUUGCGCCAGAGACGCUGCGCAGGCAAUGGAUCGACGAGAUAGCAAGGCAUGCACCGUCGCUGCGAGUCUAUUCCUUCACCGGGCACAAGCAGGUUGAGCGCGACUUGAAAACAUCGGGGCACGCUGCGUGGACCGACUGGGCCAAGGAAAUAGAUGUGCUCGUGCUUUCUUUUGAUACCCUUGCGCGAGAACUCAAUGUGUCAAAAAAAGGCUCUGUGCGCCAGCUGCGCACACCGGCCAAGUACGAGCGUCCACGCAGCCCCCUCGUCCAGAUCGAGUUUUUGCGUGUGGUGAUGGACGAAGUGCAGCUGGUGGGCGGCAAUGCCGCCCAGACGAUUGCGCUGAUUCGUAGGCGUGCAAGCAUUGCCGUAUCUGGAACGCCUGUGCGCAGACUCGACGAUUUGCGCGCGUGUCUCUGCUUUAUGGCCGUUGUACAUCCAGCCUUGCCCCGCAGAGAUUGGCAGCGUGUGCUUUCGCCGCCGCUUGCGCCGCAUUUGGCGCGUGUGUUGGGCAUGGUUGGAAUUCGACAUACCAAGGCCGACAUUGCCCAUGAAAUGGUCCUCCCGCCGCAGACACGCAGUCUUGUUCCGGUCGACUUUACCUACACGGAAGCCGCAUUUUACCGUGACGUGUGGAUUGAGAGCCUGGAAGCGCUGGGCAUGGACGAAGAAGGCGCGCCGCAGUUGGACGAUUGGCAGCUUGACACGGCUGUACUCCGCGCGCAACUCUUGCGGCUUCGACAGGCGUGUACGCACCCACAAGUAGCGCUUCGUGGGCAUACGCUAGGUGCAGAAAGCGGCGGAGGCCACAGCUUGGUCAACCUGCGCAGCAUCGACCAAGUGCUGGUCAUGAUGCUCGAGAGCACGCGUGCGGAGCUCAUGACCAUGCGGCACAAUCUCGCACUCAAACGCAUCUACCGUGCCGCAGUGCUUUUGUUUGCGCCCAAAGAAGAGUGGGAUUCGGAUGAAAAACCAUGCAAAGAGGCGCUUUUGUCGCAUCAGCGCUCAACAGAGGCCGUCUUUCUGCAGCGAAUCCUCUCCGAGGGGCGCUUGGCCGUCGCGCACGAGCAGCUGGAGAUGCUGCUGCCCGAGGUCAAGGCACAAAUUAUCGAGCUCGAGCGCGAGCUGGAGGAGGCGCACAGCAAAGGGCCCUUGUACCACUUUACCCAGGAAGAACUCCUGCGCGAAGCAACGUACGAGGCCAAGGCGGCGGGGCACGACUGGAUGCAUGCGCCGGAUGCGCCGCGUGAGAAACUCAAGGCGCGCUUGCAGCAUGUCGUGACGAUCCGCAAUCGGCUGCGCCACUGGCUACAAAUUCAACACAGGGCGCAGCAGUUUUCUGGGCACUGCUACUUCCAAAGGGGCGAGGCUAUCGGGGAAAGCAAACACGCCGACACAGACGCACACUCCUCAUUGCGCGCGCUGGAAGAUGCAGCGUACGCUGCAGCCGAAGCCACCCGGCAUGUGCUUCUUACCGACGCACGCGACGCCGUCGAGCAAAGUGUGCGUGUGCUACAGCAGCAGCCCGGCGUUUCUCUGGCUGAGUUGUCGCCGUCGGUGCCGGUGCCAAGCGUACUCCACCGCAGCAUGCUGGAUAUGGCUGCGGAACGCUUGGCAAUGCUGCGGCAGCAUGCGAAACUCACGCUGGAGUGGCGUGCGCAGAUGCUCGAGCGCCUGUCCAAGCCGGUGAAUCGUGAAGUAGACAAGGAGCGCGAGAAUGACGACGUGUAUGCGGAAAAUUUAGACGCACAGACCGAGGCGGAGACGUUGAUGGAAAUGUACCGCCCGUUGCUUGCGCAGCGAGAAGAGCUUCUCACAGGCCGUAUUGCGCUUGGCUCCACCGCCCGGCCGCAAUUGUUUGCGGAGCUGGACCGAAACCACCGCUCUAUCAAGCACCGCCGUCUGCAGCUGAAUGUGGAAGAGGAGCAGGAAGAAGAGGACGAGAUCAAGCAAGUACAAAAGGCACAGCUGCACCACUUUCUGCGCCUCGAAGCGGAGCAAAAGCGCGUCGCACUCCAGCCUGGCGCCUUGUCGCUCGCAGACAUCCUUGCCAACAUGCGCGAAGUGCGCGAUGCCUCGACACGCGCAGAAGAAGUUGCACUGUUGUCAUCCGCAUACACGACCAUGCAGCGCACGCUGCGCGAACAGACGCAGGCGUUGGAACGUUUACGCAAAGAGCAGGCACACUUCCAAGUCCUCUUCAACGCUCGCAGCCUCUACUUUAAACAAAUCCAAGAGCUCUCCGACCAAGUCCAGGACCCCGUCAUGGAGGACGGCGCGGUGAAAAGCAUUCAUGCGGCGAUGGAGCAGGAACUUGCCAUGUGCCAACGGAUCGGUGCUUUUGAAGGCCGCUUGCGCUACUUGCAGCACUUGGAGCGGAUCCAAACGGGCAACGACGAGACGCGACAAUGCUUCAUCUGUACCAAUCCGAUGGAAACAGGGAUUCUGACCAAUGCGUGCGGCCAUAUCUGCUGCGAGGUGUGCUUCCAUGCGUGGAUGGCUAAAGGGCGACGCGUAUGCCCUUACUGCAAAACGGCCAUUAGCAUGCGUGACAUUCACCGCAUUGUGUACCGUCAAGAGUCAGGUGCUUCGGAGGACGCUGUGCUUGCUAGAGGGCCUGUAGGCGUAGAUGCUCGGCGCUAUCGCGCGAUGGAUCCAGCACUGCGCGCACGCAUCGAACAAAAACAGACAAAAGGACAAUACGGGAGCAAGUUGGACCUUUUGUCCCAGCACUUGGUCUACCUGCACGACACGACCGGAGAAAAGAGCCUCAUUUUUUCCUCCUUUUCGCGCGGCCUCGACUUGGUCGCUGAGAGUUUGUGUGCAAAUGGAAUUCCUUCCUUGCGCCUGCAAGGCGGCGGCAGCAAACGCGCCGGUGAGAUUGUCGACAUGUUUCAGCGGUCCGACGUGAACGUGCUGUUAUUGCACAGCGAAAUGCAGUCUGCUGGCCUGAAUCUGCUGGCUGCUAGCAAUUUGUUUUUGCUGGAGCCACUUAUGAACCAUGCGCUUGAGCUGCAGGCCAUCGGUCGCGUGCAUAGGAUUGGACAGACAAGAGCCACCAAUGUAUUCUGCUACAUGGUGAAGGACACCGUCGAGCAGCACAUUGUUGCCUCAACAGCCUCGCGUGGCCAGUCGCUCUAUGCCGAGGGCGAUACCAGCGCUGGUUUUAUGGACAGCGCCGCGCUCUUGGCGCACAAUUUGCAGCACGCGGAGAAACUCUCCUUGGAGGCGCGGCGAGGUGACUUGAUGGGGUCCACCGACGAGCUGCUCGCCUGUCUGUUUCAGCAGCACAGCAAGGCGGGUAAUAAAGUUCAAGAGAACACUGAUUACCUGUAG